CGGAUGAUGUGCUGUUGAGUAGAUCAGAUAGCUGAAUGCACGUGUUCUUAGUUGCUGAAGACUGCUGGAAGAAGAAAGAAGAUAUAACAUCAUGCAAAACCUAUUCAUCAUAGCUUUUAUUGCAAUCGGUCUCUUAUCUGAUGUUCAAGCUAUAGAAUACUAUGCAGAAUGUAAAACAGACACUUUAGGCAAUGAAUAUCAGGGGAAGCUAUCCGUUACAAGAUCCGGGAAAACUUGCCAGAGAUGGAAUCGUCAAAGCCCACAUGAACACAGCAGAAAUGAUACCAGUACAUUCCCCGACGACAACCUCAAAGACGCCAACAAUUAUUGCCGUAACCCUGAUAAUGAGCCGGAAGGUCUUUGGUGUUAUACAACAGAUAGUAACACUAGGUGGGAAUAUUGUAAUGUACAACAAUGUGAAUGUAAAACAGCCACUUUGGGCAAAGCAUACCAAGGAAAGAUAUCUUCCACAAGAUCCGGGAAAACCUGUCAGAGAUGGGACUCUCAGAGCCCCCAUGGACAUGGUAACAACAAUGAUCCCAGUAAAUUCCCCGACGACAACCUAAAGGAUGCCAAUAAUUAUUGCCGUAACCCUGAUAACGAGCCGGAAGGUCCUUGGUGCUAUACGACAGAUAGUAACACCAGAUGGGAAUAUUGUAACGUAAAACAGUGUGGACAAUGUGGUGGAACCUUAUCGGGAACAGGGGAAUUCUCAAGCACAUGUGUAGGAAACGUUGAACACAACUAUCCGAAUGGUGCAAAUUGUCUUUGGACCAUCAACGCAGAAAGUGGAUCAUCAGUGAAAUUGAUAUUCAACAUCUUUCACUUAGAAGGUGGAUCGGACUGUAAAUAUGAUUAUGUGGAAGUUUAUGGCGAUCAACGUUUAGUGGGAAGAUAUUGUGGGAAAACGCCACCUCCUACUCUUACUUCAACGGUGUCGUUUGGAAAGGUUUCCACGCAUCAUUCAUUAGCACGUGAUGACUAGUCUACAGGAGAAGAGAUUGCUUCACAAUAUUUGUUUCAACUGAAUUUA